AUGCCUGGGGGUCCCCGAGCCCGCCAAACCCCGCAUGCCACCAUCUUUCUCCUCUUGAUCUUCGCUGCUAGCAUGGGCCCCAGGUGCCAGGCCCUGUGGGUGGACUGGGGCCCACCAUCGGUGACGGUGAGCAUUGGGGACGAGGUCCGCCUCCUGUGCAGACACAACGGCAGCAACCCCAACAUCACAUGGUGGCGCAUCCUCCAGGGCAACUCCACGUGGCCCCCGAUGAUGGAGCUCUCAAGCCCGGGCCCCAAGGGAGAGCUGGUCAUCCAGCAGGUGACCAAGAGCCACAGGGGCAUGUACAGGUGCCAGGUCAAGGAAGGCCAGAAGGUCCAGCGCUCCUGUGGGACCUACCUCCGCGUGCGUGAGCCACUCCCCAGGCCCUUCCUGGACAUGGGCGAGGGCACCAAGAACAACAUUAUCACAGCCGAGGGCAUCAUCCUACUCAUCUGCGCCGUGGUGCCUGGGACGCUGCUGCUGUUCAGGAAACGGUGGCAGAACAUGAAAUUCGGGGCAGAUGUCCAGGAUGACUAUGAAGAUGAAAAUCUUUAUGAGGGCCUGAACCUCGAUGACUGCUCCAUGUAUGAGGACAUCUCCCGGGGCCUCCAGGGCACCUACCAGGAUGUGGGUAGCCUCCACAUCGGAGACGUUCAGCUAGAGAAGCCGUGA